GGACGCCCGUGACUCCGGACUCCGGACUCAACCUCUCCCACUCUCCCUUAAAUACUCUCCCGCUCACGUUUCCCAGACUUUUCUUUCUCUCCGUUUACCUUCGUAACUCUCUUCGUUCCAUUUCAAGCUCACUUUCUCAAUUCUUUGAGAUCACUGUCUUCAAGGCGUGCUCGCCAAAAACCGCCAAAAUUUUCGGCACACUUCUUAACUCGCGUCACCACCCGUUCAACGGCCGGCGCUCAUCCUCUCGUGGAGGGACAUCGGCCUACGAAUUACACACCCAUUAAAUAAUUCACCAAACAUCCCACUUUCGCCAUCCUAGUCAAUUGUCUGCUCUGUGAACGCAAUGGCUCCCCACGCUAAUUCGGAUGUUGCUGCCAAUGGCGCCGUGAACGGGUCGGCUCAAUCCUCCCCUUUGUUUACUGUCAAUUCCCCCAACGUCGAGUACACCGACAAUGAGAUCAAGAGCAAGUAUGCCUACCACACUACCGAUAUCACUCGCACCGCCGACAACAAGCUGGUUGCCACUCCCAAGGCAACCACCUACCACUUUAAGGUCGACCGCAAAGUGGGCAAGGUUGGUAUGAUGAUGGUCGGUUGGGGUGGUAACAACGGUUCCACUGUGACGGCCGGUAUGAUUGCCAACCGCCGUGGCCUCCAGUGGGAGACCCGUGAGGGCAUGCGUGCUUCCAACUACUACGGCUCUGUUGUCAUGAGCUCGACCGUCAAGCUGGGAACGGACCCCAAGACCGGUGAGGAAAUUAACAUUCCCUUCCAUGACAUGCUGCCAAUGGUCCACCCCAAUGAUCUCGCCAUUGGUGGAUGGGACAUCAGCAGCAUGAACAUCGCCGAUGCCAUGGACCGGGCCCAGGUCCUCGAGCCCUCUCUCAAGCAGUUGGUCCGCAAGGAAAUGGCCGAGAUGAAGCCGUUGCCUAGCAUCUACUACCCGGACUUCAUUGCUUCCAACCAGGAGGACCGUGCCGACAACAUCCUCGAGGGCUCCAAGGCUUGCUGGGCUCACGUGGAGAAGAUUCAGCAGGACAUUCGGGACUUCAAGGCUGAGCAUGGUCUGGACAAGGUGAUUGUCAUGUGGACUGCCAACACCGAGCGGUACGCCGACAUCGUGCCCGGUGUCAAUGAUACCGCCGACAACCUCCUCAACUCGAUCAAGACUGGCCACGAGGAAGUUGCCCCGUCCACUGUCUUUGCCGUCGCCUGUAUCUUGGAGAACACUCCUUUCAUCAACGGUUCUCCCCAGAACACCUUCGUCCCGGGAGCUCUUGAGCUGGCCGAGAAGCACAAGGCCUUCAUUGGCGGCGAUGACUUCAAGUCGGGCCAGACCAAGAUGAAGUCGGCUCUCGUGGACUUCCUCAUCAAUGCCGGUAUCAAGCUUACUUCCAUUGCCAGCUACAACCACCUGGGUAACAACGACGGCAAGAACCUGAGCUCUCAGAAGCAGUUCCGCUCCAAGGAGAUCUCCAAGUCCAACGUGGUCGAUGACAUGGUUGCCGCCAACCACAUCCUGUACGAGAAGGAUGAGCACCCGGACCACACCGUGGUGAUCAAGUACAUGCCAGCCGUGGGUGACAACAAGCGUGCUCUGGAUGAGUACUACGCUGAGAUCUUCAUGGGCGGUCACCAGACCAUCAGCUUGUUCAACAUCUGUGAGGACUCCUUGCUGGCUUCCCCUCUGAUCAUCGACUUGGUUGUGCUUGCCGAGAUGAUGACCCGUGUCAGCUGGAAGGCGGAUGAGGCUGCCGACUACAAGGGCUUCCACAGUGUGCUCAGCGUCCUGAGCUACAUGCUUAAGGCUCCUCUGACUCCCCCGGGCACCCCGGUCGUCAACGCUCUGAACAAGCAGCGCAACGCCUUGACCAACAUCUUCCGUGCCUGCGUUGGCCUGCAGCCCGAAUCGGAUAUGACUUUGGAGCACAAGCUGUUCUAGGUAUCUGAUGCCGCAUUACCGCUACACAUUCUCCAACUAUAGUCACUCCUUGAAUGCAUACUGAUUUACCAUCGUA